GACUACACCCACAGAACGGUAUACAUGGAUUCCUACGGCAAAGCAGAGACAAGACGCACAAUGUUUAAAGACGAGCCCCACGUUUACCCCGGGCACCAGCCGGAGCUGAACCCUCCCCACGGCGAAGUGGCCCCGAAGACGACCUACAUGCUGGACUACCUGGACCCCGCCCUCCUGACGAACCCCGGCCGGGCCGGAGCGGAACCCCCGGCGUUUCUGUGGCGUUGCCCCGGAGGCGCGCUCGCCGGCGCGGCGCGGAAGAUCCCCGUUGCCGUUCCUCCCAGAGCCGGCCAGGCCGGCUGCGGCGGAUCUGCCAUUUCCUGAGGAAAGGGCUCGGCUACCGGGAAGGAGAGUCCCUGACCUGA